GUAGUACGUUCCGUUGCUUUUAAGGCAUCUUUGAUGACAUUGUAUAUAGACUUCUUUGGUCCAUCUUUCGCUUUUUUCUCAAGGCUCAGCAUUUCGAUCGUUCUUUCCCACAAAAGUCUCAAGUCGAGACGUACUUUCUUUUCGUCUCGAACUUGAUCGUCUUGCAUCUUUCGUUUUGCUCCGAUUGAAGCAAGUUGCAUAAUCACUAAUUGGUAUCUCACUGCCCAACAUGACCAAAGCUUUUCUAUCUUAUCUUCCUUUGGCGCUGUCGGCUGUCGUAUCACUGGUACAAGCUGCACCCAGUCCAAAGCCGUGGGGUCCUACUCAUCACUGGCCCAACAUCGAUGACUGGACGAACAACCACUUUCCUGAAAAGUACCAACAAUGUACCGACGACAAUAUCAAGAUCCGAGUCGACUUCGAUUCCAUGGCUCCUCAAGAGCGCAAAGCCUACACCGACGCCAUCAAGUGCUUGAUGACCAAACCAUCCCAGCUUGAUCAAACCCUCUACCCUGCUGCGAUCAACCGCUACUUCGACUACGCUGUCAUUCACACCAACUUGACCCAACAAGUCCACAUCUCAGCCUACUUUUUGACAUGGCACCGAUACUACCUCCAUCUUUUUGAACAAGACUUGAAAGACUCGUGUGGAUAUACUGGCGCUUUUCCUUACUGGAAUUGGCCGGCUACUGCGGACAAUCUUCGUGGCAGCGCAGUCUUCGAUGGUUCCGAUUACUCCAUGUCGGGUGACGGUCUCUAUACCAACAACGACCCCGUUGUUCUCGCCCCACAGUUCCAACUUCCUCACGGCUCAGGGGGCGGUUGUGUCACCACGGGUCCCUUCGCCAAUAUGCAGAUCACAAUGCAACCAAUCUCGAUUGACAACCUCGUCCAGGGCCUACCAUUACCUGCAAAUGCGUUUGCUCUCAAUCAAUCAUGCUUGACGCGCGACCUCAACACGUACGCUGCUCAACGAUACUGCAAUACGUCUGCGCUUUACGAGGCCCUUGACACCACUGACAUCGCCGUCUUCACCGAACAGAUCAAUGGUGUGAUUGGCUCACAGGAGCUGGGUUUGCAUUCAGGUGCUCACUUUACUGUGGGGUCGCCAGGCUCAAACAUUUUCGUGUCGGUACAAGAUCCAAUCUGGUGGCCGUUGCACACAUUCCUUGACAACCUGUACACCUCGUGGCAAGCUCGUCACCCCGACAUUGCAAACGCGGUUUACGGCACACUGACCGCUAACAACGCACCACCGAGCGCUAAUGGUACCCUUGACACGCCGCAGCCGGGUUGGGGUUAUUUCGACCCGAAUACUUACACGAUCGGAGAGCUCAUGAGCACCACUUCCGGGCCAUUCUGCUACAAAUAUGAUGUUUCGUUGUAAAUUAACAACAAACAUGCAUUCAGAUCCGGCGGUGGAAUUCCAAGGGUCGUUAUUUCGAUGUCACAGAUCUGGCGCAGAUGGUGACUGUACGAGUACUAUGUCGUGGGAUGACGGCAACUCUGCACAUUGCAGAAAGCGUUGACCGGGUGCAUUAGCGAUGGCCUGGUUCGGCCUCAUGCAUGCAGACCAGCGUCAACGUUUGCUUGCUGUUCUAUUACUACUAUUCAUGACUUUACGAUAGUAUUGGAGGCGUGAUUAUUCACACUAAUCAAUGCAUUUACCCCUGUGCA